AUGCAUCCAUAUUUAAACCAGCAGCUUCAGCCACCAACUACACCUGACCCAGAAGCUCCGUCCCAAAACAACACACCACCAGAGAUCCAGACACUUGGAGGAUCCAGACACUUGGGAAAAACCGGCUCAGGGAAAAGCAGCUUGGGAAACACUUUGUUUGGAGAAAACACUUUCACAGUGGGCCAUACACCGUACUCAGAGACAAAGCUCUGUCAGAGUGAGACCGGAGUCAUCAAUGGGAGAAAGAUUCGUCUGGUGGACACUCCUGGAGUGUUCGACACAGACAACGACAAUGAUGAGACCAAAGCCCGGCUAAUGAGGUCCAUCGUAGAGUGUGCCCCGGGACCUCAUGCCUUCCUGCUCGUGAUGAAGAUAGACAGAUAUACUACUCAGGAGAAGAUGGUGGUGGAGCAGAUCUUGAAGACCUUCUCUGAGGAGGUCCUGAGAUUCACCACCAUCAUAUUCACACGUGGAGACGACCUGCAGGACUCAGAGAAGAUCAAAGACUGGGCCAAUCAGAACGAAGAUCUGAGAGUUCUGCUGCAGAAGUGUGGAGGCCGCUGCCACGUUUUUGAUAAUAAAUACUGGAACAACAGCCAGGAUCCAUACAGGAACAACACAGUCCAGGUCACAGAGCUGCUGGAGACCAUUGGACGAACUGUGGAGGAGAACGGUGGAACGUUCUACACCAACGAGAUGUUGGAGACAUCGAGGCCAAUAUGA